UUUUAAGGGAGUUUAUUCAACCAUUUGUUGCUUAUAAACAGAACAGGAGAGAAAAUACACUUUGACAUCACCAAUCUCUAUCAUCAAUGGCGAAGCAACUCAUAAUCAUGCUUCUUCCUUUGCUCCUUCUUCUUUUCAUUUUAUCAGAAGUGGUCGAAGGGACUAAGAAAUCAUAUGGUGUGUAUGACAAAAACUCUGUAAAAUUGUUUGUAUUUGGAGACUCAUAUGCUGAUACAGGCAAUUUUAUGGGCUCACCAUCGUACAAGCAACCUUAUGGAAUCACAUUUCCUGGUAAACCUGCUGGAAGAUUCAGUGAUGGUCGUGUUCUUACCGAUUACAUUGCUUCCUUUCUGAAAAUUAAAACCCCUACACCAUAUGCAUUGAGAAAUUCCUCAACUCUACAAAAUGGAAUCAACUUUGCUUAUGGAGGAACAGGUGUUUUCCAAACAUUGACCAAUGGACCAAACAUGACUGUUCAAAUUGACUCACUUGAGAAGCUAAUCAAACAAAAUGUCUAUACCAAACAAGACCUCCAAUCCUCUGUUGCUCUUGUCGUCAAUUCUGGCAAUGAUUACACUGCUUUUUUAGUAAACAAUAGAAGCAUUACGGAAAUAAAAUCCUUCACUACAAGCCUUAUCAAUCAACUAUCCAUAAAUGUUCAACGCAUCCACAAUUUGGGAAUAAAUAAAGUAGCAAUUGGAUUAUUGGAACCAAUUGGAUGUUUACCUGAGAUAACUUUGGUAACUUUCCAUCUUAGUUGCGUUGACCUUUUGAAUUUGGUCUCAGAAGAUCACAACAAAUUACUACUCCAAACUGUGCUACAACUUAACCAACAACAAGUUGGAAAAUCAGUUUAUGUGACACUAGACCUCUACAAUGCUUUCCUCUCUACAAUUAAAACUAUGCAGAAAAAGCAUGAUGAAAACUCAACCCUGAUGAAUCCACUGAAAUCAUGUUGUGAGGGAGAUGGUUUGACAAAUACUUGUGGAAAAGUGGAUGAUAAUGGAGAAAAGAAAUACAGUUUAUGUGAGAAACCAAAGCUUUCAUUCUUUUGGGACAAUGUUCACCCUUCUCAAAAUGGUUGGCAUGCUGUCUACACACUGUUGCAAUCUUCUCUCCAUCAACUUAAUUAUAGAUAGGAACUUUUUAUAAUUAUGGAUUUGUAUCAUUUUCCAAUAAUCACAUAUUCUCUUAUCAAACUUGAUUACUUGUUCGUCAACUCUAGCUUGAACUAUGACUUAAGGGUUUAGGAUGUAUGCCCUCUUGGGAUGGACCGGAGGAUUGCCUAAUGUAACUACUCCACGCAGCAGGUGAUCUCAGCCACAAAAAAACAAUCUAACAAUUUAAAUUUAUGCACUGUAGUUUCGCAUA